AUGGAGUGUUAUUCAGCUUUGUUGAUUCUUGCAUUUCUUCUCUCAUCAAUCUCUUCGAUCUCUAGCCAAGAUGCAAUAACUCAUUUUUGUCUAUACGAGAAAGGGAAUUACACUGCGAAUGACAAUUAUUCGGCCAAUCUCAAUCUCAUUGUCUCCUCUUUUUCCUCAGUCUCAAAAAACGAUUAUGGAUUCUACAACAUGUCCGUUGGCCAACACUCUGAUAGAGUUAAUGCAAUCGCUCUUUGUAGAGGUGACAAACGUCCGGAUGAGUGCAACACAUGCAUCAGAACAGCUGUUAAAAAUAUCACAGUUGAUCUUUGUCCUAACCUCAAGGAGGCAAUUAUAUGGCGUAUCGAUAAUUGUAUGGUUCGGUACUCGAAUAGAGAAAUCUUUGGUGCAAUGGAAACUGAUCCUUCUUUCUCUGCAAACCAUCCAAAUAAUGUCACUGAUGUUGAAGGGUUCAAUAAGAUUCUGAGAAGUUUACUGGAUAGUCUAAAAACGACAGCUAUUUCAGGGGAUUUUCGUCGAAAAUAUGCUGCUGGAAAUGCAACAGGCCCAAAUUUUUUGACUAUUUAUGCUCAAGUUCAAUGCACUCCAGACUUGUCUGAACUAGAAUGUGAUGAUUGUCUUGUUAAUUAUUUUGAAGGUCUUCCAGGAUGUUGCGGUAGCAAACAAGGAGGGAAGAUUGUUGGGCCUAGUUGUUAUUUCAGAUUUGAGAUUUAUCGUUUCUAUGAACCUGAAGUUUAUUUAUCAAAAACUGGUUCACCAAAUAUAUCUACAAAGAAUACCACCAUUUCAAAAGAAUUUUCGGUGAAUUUAUGA